AUGCGCCAAAAGCUGCCGUUCAACCCGCUCCAGUCGCUUCUCCCGCGAAUCUUUGUGCGGGGCAAAAAACACGAUGCGCGCAGCCGCUGGGAAAUGCGCCAGAUGAAAGACAAGCAUGUGGCCAUGGCCAAGGCUGACGGAUUCCGGUCUCGAGCCGCGUACAAGCUACAGGAACUCGACUCCAUGUUCCGGCUGUUCAAGCCCGGCAUGACGGUGGUGGAUUUGGGCUUUGCGCCCGGCGCAUGGAGUCAAGUGGCUGCUCAGCGAGUGCGGCCUGGAGGCAGAGUUAUUGGAGUGGAUAUCCUUCCUUGCAUUCCUCCUCCAGGAGUGUCCAGCAUCCAGGGAAAUUUCCUGUCCAAAGAAACACAAAACGAGCUCAAACGUGUGCUGGCCGUCUCGGCGAUGGGAGUUCCCAAGGACAAGGACUCUGGUGGCGCCAUAGGCACUGCUCCUCCGUCUUAUCUGGACACUGAACGCGAGCUUGGCAGUAUUAACAGCAACAGCAACGAACCCCAAUUUGGCGACGACUACCCGGUAGAUAUAGUGCUUAGUGACAUGUGCGAAACGUUACCCCAGGAACACGGAUUUUUUCAAAGAACUAUUAAUGACCCAUACUAUAGGAUGGCCAAUGUUUCCGGCAUAGCUGUGAGGGACCAUGCUGCCAGUAUUGUGAGUGAAGGAAGGAAGCGCAUUGGGUGUGGUGCAGCCAGCUUCGAUGUGGCAGAAGGGAAGCCAUAA